GCUUUUUAAAGUUCUUUAUUUACCGCAAGCCAUUAGAUUUCAAGAUGCAAGACGACACCACGCAAAUACUCAAAGACUUCUUGUUAUCUCAUAAGGAAGAAAACAUUAUUGAGGCGGCAGACAUCCGCCUAAGCUCAGAGGAAUACCAAAGGAGGUUGUUUGGAAAAGUGAUAGAAGAUUGGAUUACGGCAUCAGGAAAAAGAUGUCUCAAAUUUGAGUGGCAGGAAGAUCGCACUACUAACCAUGAAAGCUACACGGAGAUGGAUAUAUGUGUCCAAUGUGAAGAGGAUAAAAUAAAGGUCCAAAGGGGAAAGACAUGGACAUUCGAUGGUCAAUACUUGUUGCUGAAAGUGUGGAAAAAAUGGGAAAUGGAUUUCUUAGAGAAUUUUGGGUGCAGAUCCACAACCUACCUCUGCACUGGAUAUCAACUUAAACUGGUUAAUGAUGUUAUCUCCCCGAGAGUUGGUACAAACAAUGGGCGAAUAGUGAAGAUCUUGGCAAAGGCAAUAAGGGGAGUGGUUGCGAUCCACAUCUGGGGUUUAGGAGAGUCUAAAGAUAAAAAGUCCUCAAGUUCUAGUAGCCCUAAUCAGAUGGGUAGAGGUAGUGGGCCAAGUAAGGUAGAAAAUGCAAGUUCUGGAAAGGAGGGUGAGAGGAAGAGACCACAGGGUCAAGAUAAGUCAGAGAGUAGGAUUCUAGGUGUAUCUCAUCUAAGCACUGUUGGUCUCGCAUCCCAAUCAGUUAGGGUUUGGUUCAUUGACCCAUCCGGGUCUAGAAGCUUUAACUCUAGCCCUGUUAGUGAUAAUGUGGAGGUGGGAGUUAAUAGGGAUUGUAAUGCGAUGGGGGUAGUUAUGAUUAGCUUAGAGGAAGGCCAGGGAAGUGGGGUAGGGUUGCAUAGUAAGAGGACUGAGAAUCUAGAUCCUCCAAAUGCUGGAGGUUCUAAGGCUGAUGUCCAUGACAAUAUUAAUGGUCUUCAAAAUUUAACUAAGAGUCUACCUCUUCUUCCUUCUCCUGAGCCUUUGUGUGAC